GGUCUAAAGUUGUCAUAUUUCUGCCAGCCAUCAUGAUAAGAAACGGUACACGCGUGUUUCGAUCAGUUUCAACGCCUAGUGCUUUUCUCAGAUCACACCCAAGCUCACGAUUAUCUAGACUUGCUCCCGUUCCAUCUGUAUCUCUAGCAAGAAACAUGUCUACCACAACGCACUCGUCUCUAUCUGUCGUAUCUACUCCACACGCACCUGCUGCCCUUGGUCCCUACUCUCAGGGUAUCAAGUGUGGAGACUUGCUCUUCGUUUCUGGAUGUGUACCUCUCGACCCCGUUACUGCACAGACCGUCGAAGGCGGCGUUUCCGCACAAACGGAGCGAGCGCUCACCAGUCUCAAGGCUGUAGUGGAAGCUGCCGGGAGUGAGCUGGGCAAGGUCGUCAAAACCACGGUUUUCCUGAAGUCCAUGGACGACUUUGUUGCCAUGAACACGGUUUACAGCAAAAUCUUUGGUGACCACAAGCCAGCGAGAUCUGCCGUUGAAGUUGCAAGGCUUCCCAGGGAUGUGUUGGUUGAGGUCGAAUGCAUUGCUAGCUUGAAGUAGGUGUUGUGUCGAUGCACUAUGAUGAAGUGGAAUACCGUUCAAGUUGUACGAUAUCGAUGGCGAGGAGAAAUAUAAGAACAUUUAGACCGCUUUACUUGUAUAAGAUUUGGAAAGGGACUAAAACUAAGCAUGUUCGACGUCUAUCAGCACUUUUGUACGUUUUUGCUGUCACCAGGCAUAGUAUCAUGAUUAGUUCCAGAUUUUGGUGUCUCAAUGUUUUCGUUUUUGAUAUCAACAACGCAACCUUGAUUUCGGAGCAUUUUCUGCAACAGGAAUCACCAUUCUACAUCAAAAAUUUUGUUGUGCACUGUGAAAACUAAAUUCCUGUAAAUAUUUU